AUGAAAAAUCAAUCAAUGGAAAUAGAAUUCAUUCUCCUUGGAUUGUCAAACGAUCCACAAUUGCAAAUUGGGAUUUUCCUGUUUCUGUUUUUCAACUACAUCUUGAGCCUGAUGGGGAACUUCAUCAUCCUCCUCACCCUCCUGGAUCCCCAUCUCAAGACCCCAAUGUAUUUCUUCCUUCGAAAUUUCUCCUUCUUAGAGAUUUCAUUCACAACAGUCUGCAUUCCACGAUACUUGAUAAGCAUUCUCACUGGAGACAAAUCAAUUUCCUACAGUGGUUGUGUAACACAGUUGUUCUUUUUUCUUUUAUUAGGAGUUACAGAGUUUUUCCUUUUGGCCGCCAUGUCCUAUGACCGCUAUGUUGCCAUCUGCAAACCUCUCCGUUACCCAGUCAUUAUGAACAGCAGAGUGUGCCAUCAGCUUGUCCUCAGCUCUUGGGUAGCUGGCUUCCUAAUUAUAUUUCCUCCUUUGGCCUUGGGACUUCAGCUGGAUUUCUGUGCUUCCAAGAUAAUUGAUCACUUCCUCUGUGACAGUUCUCCUGUCUUGCAGCUCUCUUGCACAGAUACAAGCUUCAUAGAAUUGAUGGCUUUUGUCUUAGCUGUGGUGACACUUGUCGUCACUUUGCUGUUAGUGGUCCUCUCCUACACAUACAUCAUCAAAACCAUUCUAAAAUUCCCUUCUGCUCAACAAAGAACAAAGGCCUUUUCCACCUGUUCCUCACACAUGGUCGUUGUCUCUCUUACUUAUGGGAGUUGUAUCUUUACAUACAUGAAACCAUCAGCGAAGGAAAGGGUGACCAUAACUAAAGGUGUAGCCGUACUCAAUACCUCUGUUGCUCCUUUACUAAACCCCUUCAUUUAUACCCUAAGGAAUCAGCAGGUUAAAGAAGCUCUCAAGGAUGUGCUUCAAAAGUUUCAAAACAAUGGGACAAAAGGUAGACAUAUAUAAGAUAUUGUU